AUGAUAUCAUAUAACAAUCAAAUAUAUUUGGAUAUAGAUGAUAUAUUAGCACAGGAACAGAAAAUACCAUGUGUGUUUUUAUAUAAAGCUUAUAAAUUAGGGUCGUUGAUUGAAAAAAAAAAAGAAAUUAAAUAUAAAUUAGAAAUUAAAUGUACACAUCAUCCAAAUUAUGAUAUUACAUCAAAAUGUAUUAAUUGUAAUCAAGGUGUUUGUUCAGUUUGUAUGUCAGAGUUACAUAAUGGCCAUUCCUUUUCUUCAGAAAGUUUAAAUUUAGAAAUUAUAUGUAUACAUCAUCCAAAUUAUGAUAUUACAUCAAAAUGUAUUAAUUGUAAUCUAGGUGUUUGUUUAGUUUGUAAGUUAAAGUUACAUAAAAGACAUUCAUUUUCAGAAUUAAAUAACAACAUGUCGUCAGAAGAUACAGAUAUUGAAAAAGAUACAAAAAUAAAAUUACCAUACUGGUUAGCAUAUGUAUUGGCAAAGAAGAGUUUGGUUUCUGUUGAAAUACCAAAUCCCUACAAAGAUGAACAUUCUUUUACAAAUAGAUUACUGGCCGAUCCAAAAGAAGUCUCAAUGAUACACUACCCAUAUUACGCUAGCAGUGGUACUAAAAUAUCAUCACUUUUUUCAGAUCACAAUUUAAAAUUAUUUUUAUUAAAUAUUUUUAAAAAAAGAUAUUUAUAUAUUUAUAAUCAAGCAUCAUUUUUAAAAGAUAAUAGUAUGAUUACAAAAAUCCUUGGUAAUAUGACACAAUUUGAAAAAAGGCUUUUUCAAGAGAUACAUAAAUCAUUUGUAGAUUUUGAAAAUUGGAAAAUCUCUAGUGAUAAAAUCGAAAAAAAUUACUAUUUAUACCCAAUAGAAAGUAACAUUAAUUCAGCAAAAUCAUCACCAAAUAAAAGAAAAAGAUUAAUUUUUGCAAAUUGA